GGGUCCGUUUACCUUUUUUACCUACACUGCUGGGGUGAAUGUGAUAUACAGUUGUAGCCUUUCUUUAAAUUGACAUUCGAUUCUUUACAUUUACUUUCUUGGUUGAAGAGAGACAACUUAAAUUGGUUAAUGAAUAUCAGCUGUCAGUAAUAAGACAUAACAAUUCCACUUCUCUGAAAAUAAUGAAGACACUUCAGUGUGAAGACUUACAGUAGGAACCUGGGGACCAAAUAGGAAUGCAGAGGUGUCCGAGAAACAGAUGCAAGUUGGAGAGAGAAAGGAGUCUUGAGGAAUCCUAUAUGAUCCUACCUGAGUACUGACAUCUGCUUCUGAGGCACUCCUCUGAAUGCCCUCAUCUUCAGAGAAUAGGUGAGCUGUGACAGAAGAGAAAGGCUUUUAGAAGAGGCACAAAUCUUUGAAGACUUGCAUAUAUGUGCCAAAUUAAGACUUAAUUUUAUGAAGCUUUUUAUUUAAUUGCUCACCACUUCUAAUUGCUCCAAUGCCCCCACGCCCCAAAAAGAAAAAUCACUCUUGUUAAGGUAGAGGGAAUGGAAAUUUCACCAAAGUGUUUAGGGAAGUUUUCAUUUACCUUACCUAACUUUAUGAGGUGGUUGAAGGUUCUCACCCCAUUUUUUCUUGCUUUUUCACUUUUUUAAAAAAAUCUACACACUGCUAGCAGUAGUGCAAGGCUCUCUUUGCCACUUCCCAUCAGCUGCACUUCCUGGAAUGCCUUGGGGAGGUGAGCCUACAUCAUUUCAUGUAUCACCUAUGGCACUGCAGGAAGUGUAGCCGGAGGGAAUUGUCACAACGCACUCUCCCGUUUCUUGUAGGAGGCACUUCUUAGAAUGCCUUGGGAAUGGCACAACGCUAUGUUGCAUUCCACCACUCCCAAAAAAUGCAGCCACUGAGAAGCUGUAGAGAGAGCCUCACACCACUGUGACCAGUGUGGGGUUGUUGUUCUAAGUUCAAAAACAAGAAUAAAAAGAGAAAACCCUAGGCCUCCUAAGUGUAAGAUAAUCAGCAAUCCCCUUCCCCCAUCAUUGCAAAUGCAAAUAUUUUUUCCCCAUUUUUAAUAUAGGAACAGACACUAAUUUGUUAGUCCGCUAUAAUAUUGGCAACAUCUGAGGACACCUGAAACUUAAAAAUAACAUCACCAUUCAUAUAUAUGGAUCAUAGCUAUAUUACUGUACACCUUGCACACAGAGCUGUUUGUCUUGGAAAAUAAUGGUAAUUGAAUAGCAGCAAUAUAGUCCUAUUACGUUGAAUCAAAUAACCUCUGCAUAAGCAGCAGAAAAAAAAUCAUGAUGAAAAGCAGAAUGAUUGCAACUCUAGUGUGAAGCACCUGCAUUUUCUCACUGUGACUCUGGGUGUCGCUGUUCACCAAUCCAGCAGACUAACACAUGGAGCGAUCGAGCCUGCCCAUUUUUACAGAUAGGCUAGAAUGGAACUGACUGUUCAGGGAACAAAAUGAUGCAGGUUUUGCUUUAAAAAUAAAAAAGGACAGAUAAAAGCUAUUUGAACAAGAACUAGUAGUAUUCUUUCUCGUGGAAGGAAAUGGAAGAAAAACAGAGGCCUUGGAGUUACAAAGAAAUAAUCAUACAAUGCCUUGUAAUGGUGAAUAUUUGGAAGGCAGUUUCUGGACAGAUCCACUACUCCAUUCCAGAGGAGAUGCAGAAAAGCUCAUUUGUGGGGAAUAUUGCAAAGGACUUGGGGAUAGAUCGGAAGCAGCUUUUGGACCAUGGACUCCGCAUUGUAACUAGUACAGGUAUGAUUCAGUAUUUUGAACUGAAUUUCAAUACUGGCCAUUUACAAACCUCUGAGAGAAUAGACAGAGAGAAAAUCUGUGGAAGGGCAGAAAUGUGCAUCUUAAAGUUUCAAGUUAUUGCUGAGAGCAACUUAAAGCUUUAUGUCAUUGAAGUAGAAAUCAUGGAUAUAAAUGAUAAUGCUCCCUUCUUUUUGCUGAAGGGAUGGGAACUAAAAAUCAGUGAAUUGUCUACACCUGGAUCCCACUUCCCUCUUCCUGAAGCUCAGGAUCCAGAUCUGGGGAUAAAUUCUAUACAGAGCUACCAACUCACAGGCAGUAGCCAUUUUUCUCUGGAUGUUCAAAUGGGAGAAAAUGGGGCAAGACAUGCAGAGCUGGUAUUGGAAAAGCCACUGGACAGGGAAGAGCAAUCAGAUUAUGAUCUACUCCUCACAGCUACUGAUGGAGGUGAUCCCAUCAGGUCUGGCACAGUACAAAUCCACAUCAUUGUUCUUGAUGCAAAUGACAAUGCACCUGUUUUCAGUCAACCUCUUUAUGAAGUGAGUGUCAGUGAGAAUAUUCCCAAGGGGUCCACACUUUCUACGGUGCAAGCCACUGAUAUGGAUGAAGGAAUCCAUGGAGACAUAAAAUACUCUAUCCAAAAAAUCAUGCAAAGGGACUCCCAAAUGUUUCUGUUAAAUUCCACAACUGGCGAAAUCAUCCUUACUGGGAAUCUUGAUUUUGAGGAAUCAUCCUUAUAUGAAUUUGAGGUGCAAGCCAUGGAUGGGGGUGGUCUAAGUGACAGAUCAAAGGUUGUGAUCUUUGUUACAGACUUGAAUGACAAUGCACCUGAAAUAACAAUAACUUUUGAACUCAACUCUGUCCGUGAGAAUUCACGAACUGGAACUGUCAUUGCCAUUUUAAAUGUCCAAGACAGAGAUUCAGGAGUCAAUGGGGAGGUUAUGUGUUCAAUUCCCAAUAGCCUUCCUUUCCAACUAAAGAAAACAAUGGACAAUUUUUACACUUUAGUGACAGACAGAGCCCUUGAUAGGGAACAAGUGGCGACCUAUGAUAUCCCUGUUACAGCAGCUGAUAAUGGGACUCCAACAUUAUCAACCUCUGCAAUUAUUUCACUGCAGCUGUUAGACACAAAUGACAAUCCCCCACUCUUUUUACAGUCAGCCUACACCUCUUAUCUCCUAGAAAAUAAUCCAAGAGGUGCCUCAGUCUUUUCUCUGAAAGCAAGUGAUCCAGACUGGGAAGAGAAUUCCAGAAUAGUAUAUUCCAUCACUGAAAGUCAGAUCAGCACAUCCCCUCUCUCCUCAUACCUCUCCAUUAAUUCUGAAACUGGGGUUGUUUAUGCCUUGACCUCCUUUGAUUAUGAAGAGUUUCAGGAAAUUAAGUUCCUAGUCAAGGCCCAGGAUGGAGGCUCUCCACCACUCAGCUCCAACAUUUCAGUGACUCUCUUCAUCCUGGACCAGAAUGACAAUGCUCCCCAAAUCCUAUUCCCCUCCCCUCCCACCGACGACUCCACAGGGAUAGAGUUGGCCCCUCGCUCCUCUGAGCCAGGCUACCUGGUCACUAAGGUGGUGGCCGUGGAUGCGGACUCUGGCCAGAAUGCCUGGCUCUCCUACCAGCUGAUCAAGGCCACCGAGCCAGGGCUCUUCACUCUGGGGCUCCACACGGGAGAGAUCAGGACGGCCCGAUUCUUUCUGGAGAAAGAUGCCCUCAAGCAAAGCCUGGUGGUUUUAGUCAAGGACAAUGGGCAGCCUCCAAUGUCGGCAUCAGUCACUGUCACUGUGGUCUUGGCAGACAGCAUCCCUGACAUGCUGACUGAUCUGAGCAGCGUCCCAGUAUCUGAAGACCCACAGUCAGAUCUCACCUUCUACUUGGUGACUGCAGUGGCUUUUGUCUCCUGCUUGUUCCUCGCCUUCCUCCUUGUGUUACUGGCACUCAAACUUCGCAGGUGGAAAAAUUCUCAGCUAUGUGACAAUGGAAGUGUGCAUUUUGAUGGUGCUCCCAUCUCUCAAUUUGUGGGGAUUGAUGGAGUCCGGGCAUUUCUUCAGUCUUAUUGCCAUGAGGUUUCACUGACUUCAGGCUCUCGGAAAAGUCAGAUCCUUUUUCCAAUCGGAAGUUGUACCAAUACUCUGACACCACAACAGGCUCCUGAUAAGCCAGGCCCUUUGCUAGUUAUAGGUGAUUCUAACACAGUUACGGAGGAGGCAGCAAUUCAUCAGGUGAGUACAUAAAUGUCAAGACUUUGGUUUCCUUUAUUCAAUAUUCAGUAUUCUAUUAUUGCAUGACAAAACCUAAAGAAAGCCUGCUUAUGCUUUUUAUAACAAAUAUUUAAAGAGAUAAGGUAUUUUGGGGUCCUUACAUAAUGAAGCAAUUACUUUAUUGUUUCAAAUAAAUACUGUAUUUCAAUUUAGGACAUAUUUUAAAUAAAUCAUCUUAGGAUAAGUCUAGUGGCAGCCACCUCUCUCUCUUUGAGCCACUGUGACUAUGUUGCUGGCUGACACCAUCCCUGCCACCCUUUCAGAUCUGAGCAGCAUCGUAGCUGCUUCUGAUCCUUAUCCUACCUGGUUAUUGGAGUGGGCUUUGUUUCAUGUUCUUAACUUUCCUCUUGUGUUAUUUGCACUCAAGGUUCACAGCUGCAGAAAUUCCUAAUAACUGUUACUGUCUCACAGUUCUCAGAGAUCUAUCUAAUCCAUGCCUUUCUUCAGUCUUACUGCCUGAUAUGCUUGUACAAAGCUUACGUGGAGGUCAUACAAUGUCUAGGGUUGGGCGUUACCAGCUUUUCAACAUAGCCAUGUAUCACCAACCAGACAUUGUGAUAUAGUGAUACAUUGCCAUGUUGAAAAGCGGAGCGAGGGACAAGCUGCAUUAGGCCUAGCCAUGUGAGGCACUGGGGUGAAACUGCCUCCGUAUAUAUGGUGAAGGUGCCAUAUAUACCACCAGGUGAAGAUACCAUUGUGCUCUGGCUCUCAAACCCGUCCUGGGCGAUGUAUCAAUACAUUGGCCAGUCCUAACAACGUCUCUUCUUUAUUGAGCAUCUGAUUUUGCAUUCAGGUUUGUUACCUUUUGUGAUGGCUCUGUUAGUACUAGUUACAGUUAGGUAGCCGUGUUGGUCUGCCAUAGUCAAAACAAAAUAAAAAAAUCCUUCCAGUAGCACCUUAGAGACCAACUAAGUUUGUUAUUGGUAUGAGCUUUCGUGUGCAUGCACACACUUCUUCAGAUAUUCUGUUAGUACUGUUUUAGUUCUGUGGGUGUGGUUGUUAUCUGACAAAUUUUUCUGGGAGUGAAGGAGUGGUGACGUGUGAUUAAGGGCCCCCUUUCCUUUCAGAUUUUGAACACUGACUGAGGAGGUGGUUUUUAAUUUUUUUAAGACUAUCAAAACUAGAUGGAAUAGGGAAGAUGCAUACCAGCCUCCCAUGCAAUAGUCCUGCCUUGUUUCAUUCCACUCCAAUCCUAAACUCUACUGUAAAACUCUGGCCUUGUCUUCUAAAUCUGAGUUGAGGGAGGGGAGGUGCCCACCCAAUUGCCGUCUGGCCCAGAGCUUUUGCUUUCUUAAUGGCCCAUUGUCGUUCCUUUGUUCUCUCUUAAUGGCUCAUCUCCCAGGUGAUUACUUCAUAAGGAAGCUCACCUGUCUUACAUUUUAACCUGUGUUGGGUCCAGGAAUUUAGGGGAGUCUGGCACCCACAAACUCAUAACAAUAUAUUUGGCGGGGGGACUGCUGCUUUUCGUUGGCGCCUGUGUCAUCUAAUUGUGCAUUAACAGUAGCAGUAGUAACAAUGCUGGGGCAUGUUCAGCUUCUCUGCUGUUAUCUUCAAAUCUUACAACUUUUCACAAAAUAGUUGCUUCGUCUUUCUUUACCUCUGUGCUCUAUAAGCCCUAUGAAGCAUUAUUAUCUGAUCAUGCAAUGCAUUUCGGCAUUCAGUGCCGUGAGACCAAAAGAUCUUCAGAAUAAAAUCAGAGUUCUGUAAUUAGAGAGAUACCAGGGUAAUGUGAUUUGCCCUCCCCCCCUUACUAUAUUUUUGUUGUUGUCUUAGGUGGAGGAGAGAUGUUCUAAGAGAAAAAUGUGACUGUAAAGAUGAGAAAGCGUUUCCAAAAUUGUUUUUGGAAGUUUUAUACACAGUGCCAAUGUGUAUCAAAACUUUACUUUAGACAACUAGGAAAUGUUGGUGGGAGACAUUGUGUAGAAUAAAGAGUCUGACGGAAGUGCUGCACAUAGUGCCCACAUGUACCGCUCUCCACAGUGAUAUGUACUUCUUCCAUAUGAGCAGGAAACUUCUUGCAUACAAACAGGAAAAAAAUACCAUCCUUAUUUUACCACACUAUUCUGUGAUUUCUAAUCUUCAUUUCAUCUGCUUCUAAUCAAAUUGUGUCAUCUUCAUAUUUCACUAUGGAAACAUAUUUACACUUCCAGUUCUUGUUUAUUCUUUUAUUCAGUUGUUGAGUAUCUUUAUUGCAUUUGUAGUCCAUCUCAGAACUUUGAUGCAAAGGUUGGAUGCAGGAUUCAUUGCUUUCAUAUAAAACAGCAAAUACACAUGCAUGGAUUUGACUGAAAUCACAAUCAUUUGCAUCUAAAACAUUAGUUGAAUGGGCACCUAUCUUAUAUAUUUUUCAUGUGAAUUAAAAACACACAACAACAAUAGGAAUCUUAAUACAAUACUGAGUGCGCAGGUCAACGUUGCCAGGUUUUAAAGUGACAAACAUCUUGUACUAUUUGUUUCAUCUGUUCAGAAGAUAGUUGAGGAGAUAUCUUAGAUUGCAAACUGCCCUAGGCAGUCACCUGUUUUGCUCCCCAUUGAUCCAGACCUAAAAUAUACAUAUCUACAUAAUAUGCUGCUUUGCACAUCGUGCUAAGCCAUAGUUUGUUUUAAAUCAUGACUUACUCCUGCCGCUGUGGGCACUAUGUGCAGCACAAGCAAGCCAUAGUAAGAUUUGUUGUGUGAAGCCAACAUAUCUUCUAGACUUCUUACUGUCUUACCACUCAUGGCUUCUGUGAAACAAGCAAACCAUGAUCCAUAGAAUCAUAUAAUUGUUGAGUUGGAAGGGACCAUGAGGGUCAUCUAGUCCAACCCCCUGAAAUGCAGGAAUUUUUUGCCCAAAGUGGGGCUCAAACCCAUGACCCUAAGAUUAAGAGUCUUAUGCUCUACUAACUGAGCUAUCCCAGAUCCAUACAACACAACAUGCCACAGAAUGGCUUCUUUGUGCCAUGUGUGGCACCUGCAAGGACAUGGGAAAGCUGCAGUAGAGCUAGGAGGCAUGUUCAUUUGUUUUAUUUAUUUAAUUUACAGAUUUAUAAACACUGUCCCAGCCUGACGCCAUUGAACUGGUAUUUU